AAAUUUCAGCUUCCUUCACUCGGAUCUCUCCGCAGAGCAGAGCGAGCUUCUAGGGUUUCCGCCCCACCCGCCCCACCGCCGAAUCGAAGAUCGCCGCCGAUGGCGAUGGCUGCUCUCCGCCGCGAAGGGAGGCGGUUCGCCCCCUCCUCUCCCCCGCCCCUGCUUGAUGCUUCCGCUCUGCUCAUCGAACAUCAUGUUCCUUUUGGGGCUCGUUCUAUUUCAACUCAAGUGGUAAGGAACCGGAUGAAGAGUGUGAAGAAUAUUCAGAAGAUCACUAAGGCUAUGAAGAUGGUUGCAGCCUCAAAGCUACGAGCAAUUCAAAUUAGAGCUGAAAAUUCCCGUGGCCUGUGGCAGCCAUUCAUUGCUCUUCUUGGCGACACCCCCAGCAUUGAUGUCAAGAAGAAUGUUAUAGUUACUGUUUCUUCGGACAAAGGGCUGUGCGGUGGGAUUAAUUCCACUUCUGUAAGAUUAAGCAAGGGUUUACACAAGUUGAACUCAGGGCCUGACAAAGAACCAAAGUAUGUAGUUGUGGGGGAAAAAGCAAAGGUUCAAUUGAUCCGCGACUCACGAAAGCACAUACACUUGACCAUAUCAGAGUUAACAAAAAUUCCUCUGAACUAUACCCAGGUUUCUGUGCUGGCUGAUGACAUCAUAAAGAAUGUUGAGUUUGAUGCUCUAAAAAUUGUCUUCAACAAGUUUCACUCCGUCGUCUCAUUUAUACCAACAGUGUCGACUGUGCUAUCACCUGAGGUUGUUGAAAGGGAGGUGGAAUCUGGUUCGGGUAAGCUUGGAGAACUGGACUCCUAUGAGAUCGAAGGUGGUUCAACGAGGGGAGAAACACUUCAGAAUCUGGCAGAAUUCCAGUUUUCUUGUGUCAUGUUUAAUGCUGUAUUGGAGAACGCUUGCAGUGAGAUGGGUGCUAGGAUGUCUGCCAUGGACAGCUCGAGCAGAAAUGCUGGCGAAGUGCUUGACCGCCUCACUCUCACUUAUAACAGAACCCGUCAAGCUGCUAUUACCACAGAGUUGACUGAGAUUAUAUCUGGAGCAUCGGCACUGGAGGGCUAAUUGCGGAAAAAAGUAUUUUCCAGCUUGUUUGACGUCGACGAAAUAAAGAUUUAAGGCGGGCUUUGUUUAAACAUGUGUCACUGUUCCCCUUUUGAGGAUUUCUGAGGAGGACCGCAAUAAUUCCCAUUGCAAGAAGUUAAAUUCUGCGGAGCACAAAGCAAUUUUUCUUCCCUGGUUUUGCUUACUUCUGGAAUUUCUUCUUCAUUUCUAGUUUGGAUGUUGACGUUGGCUGUUGAUUUAAUGAUGGAUCUGUUGCAGCUGAAACCUCUGGGUACCGAUUGCUUGUUCUUCGUUGGAGUGUAUAUGGUGCUUAAUUUAGCAUCGACCCGUGCUCGAUUUAGGCGAGCUUCUCCAUUGGGUGGUUCUUUUGAAUAAAAAUUGUCUACCGAAUUUCUGCUUUA